GAAAGCAAUCAGAAUGAUCCCAAUUGUGCUGGCUUCGGUUCUCUUUGCAAGCGCCUAUGGGUGCGGCGUGCCUUCCAUUGAGCCUAUGGUGUCGAGAGUGGUGAACGGACAGGAUGCCCGACCAUACAGCUGGCCUUGGCAGAUUUCCCUACAAUACCUGAAAAAUGAUGAAUGGAGGCACACCUGUGGAGGCUCCUUGAUUGCCACCAAUUGGGUCAUGACUGCCGCUCACUGUAUCAACAAGGCCUUAACCUACAGAGUGGUAGUUGGGAAGUACAAUCUUUUGAUGGAUGAACCUGGAUCCAAGGCUAUCAUGGCAGAUCAGAUGUUUGUGCAUGAGAAGUGGAAUCCCAUUCUGGUGGCUUUGGGGAAUGACAUUGCUCUGAUCAAACUUGCUGAGCACGUUACGCUUAGUGACCAUAUCCAGCUGGCCUGCAUCCCCCCGUCUGGGGACAUCUUACCCAACAACUACCCCUGCUACAUCACUGGCUGGGGCAGGCUCUACACUAACGGCCCCAUUGCUGACAAUCUGCAGCAGGCCCUGAUGCCCGUGGUGGACCACGCCACCUGCUCUCAGCCUGACUGGUGGGGCAUUGCCCUGAGAACCACCAUGGUCUGUGCUGGUGGUGAUGGCAUUGUAGCUGGUUGCAAUGGUGACUCUGGUGGCCCCCUGAACUGCAGGAACGCUGAAGGUAUCUGGGAAGUCCACGGAAUUGCCAGUUUUGUCUCUGGUUUGGGCUGUAACUACGAGAAGAAGCCAACUGUCUUCACUCGUGUUUCAGCUUUUGAUGACUGGGUCGACCAGAUCAUGAGGAACAACUGAAAUCAGCCUGAGAUAACUGUCUCUGUCUGUGCAAUAAACACCUGCAAAUCAA